AUGAGUACAAGCAUAGAAGGGGUUGAAAAUAAUGCGGACUUUAAGUUAAAGAGUGAAAUAAACUCGAUUGAAAAGGAAUUGAAAAACUGGUUCAUCAAAAGAAGACUUAAUAUGGAAUUAAAUUAUUCUUUAAAACAACUUUUUGAUAACUAUAAUUUUGUAGGUUUGUCCAUAAAUAAAAGUAUGGACUUAAAAGAUAAAAUGUUAUGGUAUGAUAUGGUGAAUGGAAAACCAGAGGUUGAAGAUACAUUAAGUAUAGAUGCUAAGGAAUACAAAGCUGAUAAAUAUUGCAACUUAUGGAAUGCAAGUACAACUGUUGAUAACCCAUGCAGAUUAGUUGGAUCCAUUUACUUUCGUUGCUUAAAAAAUAAUUAUAAAUUAAAUCAGUUAGACCGAGAGCACAAAUGUAUUCAUAGCUUUAUAAAUUUUAACAAUUGUAGAAAAGCCUUAAAAUUACAACAAGCCAACAAUAUUAAAAAUUCAAUUAUUAAACAGACCACAGAAGACACGACUGCAAAGGCUCUUUUCGAAAGAAGAAGUGCGUUGCUUGAUAUGCUUGAGGGCGAAAGGUGA